GGCGGUAGCACUGGGAAUUCACAUAAACCACAGUGAUUUUCCUGUUUCUUCUUGAGCUAAGGAGGAAACAUCACCAUCCUUAAAUCAUUAAGGCAGUCGAUGAAGAGAUUGAAUUAGCUGAACAGUUGCAUGGGUUUUUGUGUAAAAUCUACAACACAAUGACGUCAAAUUUAGGCUCAAAGAAGAAAGACAGUGUUUACAGAAUGGACAGAUUCGCAGAGGACUUGCCAAAGCUGAGCAAUGAGAUGCAGCUAAGCAUCAUGAACAAGGUGAAGAACGGAGAGUUGUCCAUUGAAGAUGCUCUGAACCUGGCAAGGAGGGACCGGCGUCAGCUGCUCAAGCAGCAGUGUCCGUCUGAAGAGGAACAACAAUCCUCACAGUACAACUUCAGUGUUCUUAAGCAUGGUCGAUACAGGUGGCAGAAGCGGGUUUUUCAGAUCGACUUGAAGACUAAAAUGCUGUGCAGCAUCGAGAAAGGAAUCAUCAAGCGACAGCUUCCCUUCUCCAUCGUGAAGAGUUGUGAUGAUGGAGUCGGCUCCAAGUUCACCAUUUCCUUUAAAGGACAUCACGAUUAUGAGUUGGAGGCAAGGUCACUGGAGGACAAACACAAGAUGAUGCAGCUUGUUAAUCAGAUCAUUUAUGGGAACAUAUACUGUGAUAAUGAAGAGGGAGAUGCAGACACUCGUCAGCAGCCUCAGGCAUCACAGAGCCUACGUGAAGGCAUCUUGUUACUACACAGAGGAGGCCUGGCGUCUUUCAGAUGGGUGAAGUAUGAGGUCCAGCUUCACCCGGGCCAACUAACACUGGUGCCCUUCAGGAGUCGAGGCCCCGCGGAUGGCGAGCUGACGUCUGCUGUGCCCAUGUCGACUGUGAUUCAUCUGUCAGACGGAGAUACCAGCGUACAGAAACCUCACAGCCCAGACGCAUUCACCCUGGUCACACAUAAAAAUCAGUACCAAUUCAAAGUUCCUGUAUCAGACCAUACCACCACCCAGAGGGCCAUCCAGCAGGAGCGAGACGCUUGGCUUAGUGCCAUUGACAAGCUGUGUUCAGACUGGAAGAGGAAGUCCAGGGGUGAACAAGCGUUUGUGGAAACAACGUUUCUACGAAGUAUCAGCAUAAGCGAAGACAUCGAGGAUUCUAAUUCGGAUCAAGAGUCAAGUGGUGGCUCAACCAGUGUGAAUACAAUUCCUAUUUAUCCUCCAGUUGAUUAUGCAAAUGCAGAUCCCACAUCCAGCAGUGGAGGUCAGUUAUUAGGUGAUAAUACCAAACCUCCUCCUGAACCUUCACCUCGUGCCCAGUCACCAUCCUCACCCUGUGCUGCUCCUUUAUUGCCAGUGGCCUCUCCUGACCCCUCGCCCUCCCACACUCCCAUCACAUCCUCCACCACAGUCCCAGAGCCUCCAAAAAAUAAAUCAGGCUCGUCACCUGUCAAAGUGCCUGCACCUCCAUACAUUCCUGCCCCGCCACCUUUACUCCUCAAAACCACAAUUUCAAGCAAAACACGCACCAGGGCUUUUCACUGGGACCCAGUUACCACCAACAACAAGUUGUUUGCAAAAUCAUUCUGGAUGCAAGAAAGAGCCCGGAACAUUGAACUCAACACAUCACGCCUGUACGAGCAGUUUGCUGUUAAGGAUCCCGGGACAUUUGUUGUGUCAGAGCAGAGUAAUACCCAGCAUAUCAUGCUCAACGAGAAGAUCGCACACAAUUUCAACAUUUUUCUCAAAAGUUUCUCCGUGCAGCCGGGAGAGCUGAAGGACAAACUGUUCAUUGUUCACAAGAAAGACGGAGGCCUGUCUGAUGAGCACAUCACGUCUCUGAGGAGGUAUGUCCCUACCUUGGAUGAUGUGGAAAUGUACAAAUCCCACAAAGGCCCCGUGGCAGACCUGCAUAUUGUGGACCAGUACAUGAUGGAGAUGUGCAACAUCCCCUACCUGAGCACACAACUGGACCUGCUGCUGGUUCUGAGAGAGCUGCCGAACAGCAUGAACGACAUGCAGCCCCUGAUUAACCAGAAGAUCAGAAUGUGCAUGCAGCUGUACAACUGCAGGUCAUUUGUGUCCGUGCUGGAGUACCUCCUCGCCAUGGGCAAUUACCUCAAUGAGAAUGCUGGAAAGGGAAAGGCCAAGGGAUUCCGCCUCUCCUCCUUAGCUAAAGUCUCUCAGCUCCGUGGGAGAGACAGGAAAUUCACCUUGCUCCAUGCCCUUGUGGAACAGAUCAUGUUGCAUGAACCAUGCGUGGCCACUUUUACCCAAGAGUUGGCAGAAUUCGAAACUGUCCCUGGAGCUUCCAUCAAGGGCCUGACCGCAGAAGUAGAUGUCCUGAAGAAUGAACUGCAGAAAGUUAUUCAGUACAGAAAAACUUUCAAGAAGAGACAUGGUGGAACUCAUCACCUCAACUUCUCCAAAGACCUAAAGAUCCUGAUUGAUAAACACAACACAGAUCUCGCUGCUCUGACAAAGUCGUGUGAGGAGAUGAAGAAACUCUACUCUCUCAUUCUGGUUAAGUUUGGAGAACCAGCAGAUCAAGACUCUCAGGAGCUCUUUGGGCUGAUCUGUCAGUUCAUCUAUGACUUCAAGAGGACGUAUGCUGAAGUUGUUUGAGUGAUGCUGUAUGACCACUGACACUGCAGUGCUCAUUAAACCGACAAACAUUUAAAAGAAAUGUGAAUUAUUUUGUAUUAACUGUAAUAUUAAAGGCAUCUGUUGCUUGGAUUGAUA